AUGAAGGCAACUUACGUUCUCUCCGCCGUCCUCGGCCUGGCGUCCUCGGCCUCCGCCCACUACACCUUUGACAAGCUCGUCCUCAACGGCGCUCUCCAGGGCGGCGACAACACCUAUGUGCGGAAGCACCAGAACGGCUACAUGCCCACCAAGUUCAAGAACACGCCCUCGGGCUCCAUCACGCCCAACGACGCCGACUUCUCCUGCAACAAGGGCGCGACGGCCGCCCCCAAGGUGAUCACCGUCAAGGCCGGCGACAAGGUCGGUCUCAAGCAGGCCUUCGGCGGCACCGGCAUGCUCCACCCCGGCCCCACCCAGUUCUACAUGAGCCCCGUGAGCAACGCCGCCUCCGACAAGGGCACCGGGACCUGGUACAAGGUCCACCAGUCCCUGCUCUGCACCGCCGGCAACCCGGAAUCCCUCCGCUCCAAGGCCUGGUGCAGCUACGGCGAGGACAACGUCUCCUUCAUCGUGCCCGCGACGGUCCCCAACGGCCAGUACCUCGUCCGCGGCGAGCACAUCGGUCUGCACGGCGCCCACGACGGCCAGGCCGAGUUCUACUACGCCUGCGCCCAGGUCGAGGUCGCCGGAAACUCGGCCACCAGCAUGCCCGGCACCGGCGUCAAGAUCCCCGGUGUUUACAAGCAGGCCGACGGCCCCGUCAACUUCAGCGUCUGGGGCCGCUCGACCUCGUACGACAAAGCUCCCGGCCCCGAUGUCAUCCCUGGCGGCACCAUUCGCGGCAGCGCCAGCGGUUCUUCCGGUGACAAGUCUACCACUGUUGCCGGCGGCAGCUCCGCCUCGUCCGCGGGGUCGUCCAAGGCUGCUGUUCCCGAGGCGUCCGGUACUCCGAACUGCUAA